UCAAACUUCUCUCUGUGUUUGUGAGGGCAUGUACGAGGGCGCAUAGGAACCUGGUUUCUCUCUGAAGUCUUAACAAGCUUUUCUCUCUGCAUUCUGCAACCAAAGUUGAGAAAAAAAAUGGAGCACUCAAUUAAUGGAGGAGAUUUGAGAGGAAAUGAAAGAGUGGAGAUUUUGAAGCCUCGCAUUGAUAAGAGAGAGUAUAGGAGGAUUGUUCUCUCCAACUCUUUAGAAGUGCUCCUUAUCAGUGAUCCAGACACUGACAAGUGUGCUGCUGCAAUGGAUGUUAAUGUAGGAUCAUUUAGUGAUCCUGAGGGUCUUGAAGGCUUGGCUCACUUUCUUGAGCAUAUGUUGUUUUAUGCAAGUGAGAAAUAUCCAUUGGAGGACAGCUAUAUGAAGUACAUAACAGAGCAUGGGGGCCACGCAAAUGCUUUCACUGCUUCUGAGCACACAAAUUUUCAAUUUGAUGUUAAUUGUGAUUAUUUUGAGGAGGCGUUGGAUAGAUUUGCUCAGUUCUUUAUCAAUCCCUUGAUGUCUCCUGAUGCAACGAUGAGGGAGAUUAAAGCUGUUGACUCUGAGAAUCAAAAAAAUCUGUUAUCAGAUUCUUGGCGAAUGUAUCAGCUACAAAAGCAUUUAAGUGCUAAAGACCAUCCUUAUCACAAAUUCAGCACUGGAAAUUGGGAUACUUUGGAGGUAAGACCUAAAGCAAAAGGGCUAGAUACAAGAGAUGAGCUUAUUAAGUUUUAUGAGGAGAAUUAUUCAGCCAAUCUUAUGCAUCUAGUUGUCUAUGGGAAAAAAAAUCUUGAUGACAUUCAACAUAUGGUGGAGGAAAAGUUUCAUGGAAUUAGGAAUACUGCUAGAAGCUGUUCUAUUUAUCCUGGUCGUCCUUGUACUUCCGAGCACCUUCAGGUUCUCAUCAAAGCUGUUCCUGUUAAGGAAGGUCACAAGUUGAACAUCAUAUGGCCAGUUACACCAAAUAUUCGUCAUUACAAAGAGGGGCCUUGUAGGUACCUUAGUCACCUUAUUGGGCAUGAAGGGGAAGGCUCUCUGUUUUUUGUUCUGAAGAACUUAGGAUGGGCUACUAGUCUUGGUGCAGGUGAAACUGAUUGGAGUAAUGAAUUUUCUUUCUUUGCGGUUGGGAUUGAUCUUACAGAUGCUGGUCAAGAACACAUGGAGGAUAUAGUUGGACUGUUGUUCAAAUACAUACUGCUUUUGAAAGAGAGUGGGGUCAACAAAUGGAUCUUUGAAGAGAUUUGUGCCAUCGGGGAGACCAUGUUUCAUUUUCAAGACAAAGUGCCCCCCUUCAACUAUGUGGCUAGAGUUGCUUCAAACAUGCGGCUAUACCCACCCCACGAUUGGCUUGCAGCAUCAUCCUUAUUUCCAGAAUUCAAUCCAGAUACUAUCCAAAUGGUAUUACUGGAGUUGACCCCAAGUAAUGUCAGAAUCCUUUGGGAAUCAAAGAAAUUUGACGGAUGUACCAACAUGAUUGAGCCAUGGUAUGGAACUACAUACUCGGUUGAAAACAUUUUGGAUAUCACAAUUCAGCAAUGGAAAGAUGGAGCUCCCAAUGACCUGCUAAGUUUACCGGCACCAAAUGUUUUUAUACCCACUGAUUUGUCCCUGAAAAUUGUACAAGAAAAGGCUAAAUUUCCCGUGCUUCUAAGAAAAUCCUUCUUUUCGAGGCUUUGGUUCAAGGCAGAUACUCUGUUCUUUACUCCUAAGGCUUAUGUUAAGAUUGAUUUCAACUGUCCUGAGUCUGGACAUUCUCCAGAAGCAGAAGUUCUAACAGAUAUUUUCACAAGACUACUCAUGGACUACUUAAAUGAAUAUGCCUAUGAUGCUCAAGUUGCUGGCCUUUAUUACAGUGUAUACCACACUAGUACUGGAUUUCAGAUUGUGUCUAUUGGUUAUAAUCAUAAAAUGAGGAUCUUGUUGGAUACAAUUAUAACAAAGGUUGUUGAUUUCAAGGUGAAACGGGACAGAUUUUCUGUAAUAAAGGAGACCGUAAUAAAGGAGUAUCAAAAUUUCAAAUUUAAGCAACCUUAUCAACAGGCAAGUUAUUACUGCUCAUUGAUAUUAGAGGAUCAGUCUUGGCCUUGGAAUGAGGCUCUUGAGGCACUUUCUCAUCUUGAGGCAGAUGAUCUUGCCAAAUUUAUUCCAUGCUUACUUUCAAGGGCUUUCUUUGAGUGUUACACAGCAGGAAAUAUUUCUUCAAAUGAAGCUGAAUCUUUGGUGCAGCAUAUUGAAGAUGUUAUGUUUGGUGGUACCCAGCCUAUCUGCAAGCCUCUUUACCCUUCUCAGCACUUGACAAAUAGAAUUCUCAAACUGGAAUCAGGUGUAAAUUAUUUCUACCCUAUUCAGGGCCUAAACCAGCAGGAUGAGAAUUCGGCGCUGCUUUACUACAUUCAGGUUGGUCAAGAUGAUUUUAGGUUGAACGUGAAACUCCAGCUUUUUGUUCUCAUUGCAAAGCAGCCUGCUUUUCAUCAGCUUCGAUCUGUAGAGCAACUUGGAUACAUCACAUUUUUAACAAAAAGGAAUGAUUCGGGAAUACAAGGAGUGCAGUUUAUUGUUCAAUCCACAGUGAAGGACCCGGCCCAGCUUGACGAGAGAGUAGAGGUGUUUCUCGAUAUGUUUGAGAGUAAGCUUCAUACAAUGUCAGAUGAUGAAUUCCUUAGCAACAAAGGCACACUGAUUGACAUGAAGCUUGAGAAACACAAGAACUUGAGAGAGGAAUCAGCAUUUUUCUGGACAGAGAUUGAGGAUGGAACUCUCAAAUUUGAUAGGACAGAACCUGAGGUUGCUGCUCUUAGAGAACUGACAAAGAAGGACGUGAUUGAAUUUUUCAACAAUUAUAUCAAAAUCGGUGCUCCACUGAAGAAGAAGCUGAGUUUACAGGUUUAUGGAGGAGUGCAUUCUUCAGAGUAUGAAGCCGUGAUACGGAAUGAAAACAAUUGCCAUUCAAUGUGUAUUGAUGACAUUUUGUCAUUCAGAGGAUCACAGCCUCUAUAUGGUUCUUAUAAGGGAGGUCUGGGUCUAAUGAAGCUUUGAGUGCUAUUUGCAUUUUCUGGUCUCGUGAAACAUAUUUACUUUUUAUCCCAAACGACUAAUUAAUGGCCGUUCCGUCAAGUUAUAUGAAAAUACAGAAAUUGAUGAUUU